AUGCCUAUUUUUUCGACCAACAAAUUGUCGCGUUCCCGUAAACAUUUGUGUAAAAUCGUCGUUUUGAUCUUUCUGUCAGUUACCUCGUUCGUAGGAAUAGUCAAAUGGUUUGAAUCACAUUCGGUGUAUAUUCCGGUUAAUCCGGCAAAUUUACCGAGAAAAAACUUCAAAAUCUUGCACGACGCGGACCACGGUAAUGAAUCAUUCGGCGUUGACGAUCUAAAUCGAUUGGAACAUGGCACUCCAAUUCGUUUAAAUGGGUCCAAAAUCAAGUACGAACGCGUCAAUUAUACCGACCCAGGGGUGUGCGGCGAAGUUUGCGAUAUAAAUAUUCCGGGGCGUCCCGCAAAAUUUUGGCCUUUCGUGGAAAAGGAUGUUGAUUGCCCUUUGAUGAUGAAAAAAUUGACCACCGCGGACAAAAAGGAAUGGCCGCCACCUAAACUACCCCCCGCCGAGAUGUACGACCAUUUCACCAUGUUUGGCCGGAUGCCCCUGGAGAAGAAGAUAUAUUAUUAUUUGGACAAUUACAUGGGCAAAACGAGGCCGAUGCCUAUUACGGAAAAGGAAAUACACAUUAGAAUAACGGCGCGUGCGCUGAGAAUUCGAAUGUCGACGUACGGAGUAAUCGAGGAAGACAUCUUGCAAAUGGCUUUGACCAAAUAUUCUCACGCCGUGCGAGAUAAAGUGGGACUCGAUUUUGGCAGCAGUGAUCCUUGGAUCUCGACGUUAGCGUUAUUGAACGGAGCAUUCAAAAUGUACAUGUUCGAUUACCGGAUAACCAUUUCUCUGUUCGACGAGAUCGAAACGUUGACGCAACGCGAGCUGUACGACAUCUGGUAUAAACGGUCGAUAGGCGUACCAUUAUACGGAGCGCGUCAUCCGUCGGAAUUUACGACGCGUGAGUAUGGGGAAGUUAAGGAAAAAGGGAGGCCACAACCCGGGUUCGAUUUCGCGAUAUCGUUUUCGUCGAUUGAGCACUCGGGACUCGGGAGAUACGGCGAUUCCUUAAAUCCGUACGGAGACUUGGAGGCCAUGGCUCAGAUCUGGUGCGUGAUGAAUCCGGGAUCUCUUUUAUUCCUCAACGUUCCGUUCAAUCGUAAUAGGUCAAGUUUGGUGUGGAAUGCUCAUCGAAUUUACGGUCACGAUCGGUUGCAACAUCUAACGGCUAAUUGGAAAGUUUUGGACGAAUUCGACGGUUGUAAAUUAUCGAAUGGGCUUAAUUGCGACGAGGAGACGGCUAUGACGUCCGUUUUAUGGGUGUUAGAGAGAGUUUGA